CUUGUUACUACAUCAAGUGGCACAUAUUGUUGCCUUCAAUGACUUGUUCUUCUACUUGUCCAUUUUUGUUGCAUAUAAGCCAGCCCCUUCAUUCCUCAUUCCAGUCUUUCUCCAUCGUGCUCAAGCUGCUCUUCCUCAUUAAGAAUGGAUAAUGGACUGCACGAGAGGCUUCUUGUACCAAAAGCUCAAGAGGAAAAAGAAAUUGAACUAAAAACAAAGAUUUGGCAAGAAUCCAAGAAUAUAUGGAGGGUUGCAUUACCUGGAGUUAUAUCAAGAGUGGGUUCAUUUGGAACUAUAGUGGUCACACAAUCAUUUAUUGGCCAUGUAAGUCCAUUGGAUCUUGCUAGCUAUGCACUUGUGCAAACCAUCCUCGUCCGAUUUGUAAAUGGAAUACUGUUGGGAAUGUCAAGUGCGACUGAAACUCUUUGUGGGCAAGCAUUUGGAGCAGGACAAUACCAUAUGAUGGGUAUCUACUUGCAACGGUCAUGGAUCGUUGAUUUGAUUACUCUGACUAUCUUGCUCCCAGUAUUCAUAUUUGGAAGGCAAUUAUUCAUGCUACUUGGCCAGGAAGAGUCUAUAGCAAAAAGUGGAGGUUACAUAUCACUGUGGUUCAUUCCAUUUGUGUACAGUUUUGUCUUUAGCUUGACUAUCCAGAUGUACCUUCAAGCACAGUUAAAGAACAAGCUUAUAGCCUGGAUCUCGACUUUCCAGUUCAUCCUCCAUGUGCCUUUGUCGUGGCUCUUAGUUAGUUACUUCGAUUUUGGGGUUCCUGGUGCGAUGAGUGCACUAAAUAUAUCAUCUUGGUUUCUGAUAUUUGGGGAGUUCAUUUACAUCUUUGGUGGUUGGUGUCCUGAAACAUGGAGAGGAUUCUCCAAAGCUGCCUUUUUGGAUAUUUUUCCUGUAGUCAAGCUCUCAUUGUCAUCAGGCUUGAUGGUUUGCUUAGAGUUGUGGUACAGUGCUGUCCUAGUCUUGAUUGCGGGGUAUAUGGAAAAUGCAGAGGUCGCUAUAUCUGCCUUCUCCAUUUGCCUCAACAUUAACGUGUGGGAACUAAUGAUAUGCCUUGGCUUUCUAGGAGCUGCAUGUGUAAGGGUUGCAAAUGAACUCGGCAAGGGAAAUGCUGAUGCAGUGAGAUUCUCUAUCAAAGUCUUAAUAGCCACUUCGUUGGUUAUAGGAGUAUUCUUCUCUACUAUCUGCUUCUUGUUCCAUAAAGAGAUUGCACAAUUCUUUACAAAUGACAAGGAAGUCGCAGACACUGUCUCAGAUCUCUCUGUGCUCUUAGGCAUCUCGGUGUUUUUGAAUAGUAUAUACCCAGUUCUCUCAGGGGUGGCGGUCGGGGCUGGUUUGCAGGCAACUGUUGCCAUUGUGAAUUUAGUCUGCUAUUAUUUGAUUGGCGUUCCAGUUGGAAUUUUCCUUGGAUACGUUGUUGGUCUUCAAGUAAAGGGAGUAUGGAUCGGAAUGAUAUGUGGAGUUGCUUGCCAGUCUAUUACACUGUGCAUAUUAGCAUGGAGGACCGAUUGGGAUGUUCAAGUGCAAAAAGCGAAGGAACGUCUCAACCGUUUUUACUUGAGUUCCGGAGAGGAGAGGCACCAAAGUUCUAAUCAUGCUUGAGAUUAGAGAACCUUUCACACAUGUUACUAUAUUUUUUUUGUCCUAAAUAAAGUGUCGUUUCUUGUUUCGUUAGGCAGUAGUUAGCACUGCAUUUCUACUAAUUUGAGGUUGCAUACAUUAUUAAUUUAUGAAUAACAAAUGCAAACUUGAAGGGUUCA